CUAUAAGUAGUCAGUUGUGUGAAUAUAAAUCGCCAUUAGCGUUGAAUACUCACAAGUGGAAAAUGAAGAUCCAUCUACAAAUCAAAGCGGUCUUCCUUUGUGGAUUAUUGAUACAUCUAUGGGGAGCAAACGCCCAGUCCUGCACAUCAGGAGCUACAUCACCUUCUGCAGAUUGCGAUCCUCAUAAUUUCAAUUUAUGUGUCGAUGGCAAAGAAGUACUCACGAAGUGUCCUUCCUCACAGUCGUAUGUUCAGUAUACCACUGAUUUGAAAACCUGUCAGGCUAAAUACGGUGGUUGUUCUGAAACCCUGAGUGGUUGUGUUCCUUGGGAAAAAUUCCCAUGGCCAGCACCAUCUGCUACAACGACAGCACCUAUAUGUUCAUCCGUUGGACCAGUCGCACCCUAUUCUGAUCCUUCAAAUUAUUGGUUUUGUACAAGCAUCUACGGAACUGCACAGCUGAGAUCCUGUCCCUCUGGCUACGGAUUUUCUACUCGUCGUAUAUUUGGUUGCACGAUUUGGUAUUAUUGGAAUAUGACAGAGAAAAAUGUAACGAGUCCAUGAUAAUCCUUCAAAUAUAAUAAAUUCAGUGCCAGAUAUUCUGAAAUAAACUUUACGUUUUCCAUAAAACCUUAGUAAGAACUGAAAGUUUUUCAUAUUUCGGGAAAAGGAACAAUAAAACCAGGUUUACAAACUAC